AUGAUUGUUGUAUCAACAACAGCUAAAUCAGACUUAUUUGGACUUAUGAAAGGUUCUUUAAAAUUUGCCACUGAAAUUAAUGGAGUUCCAUUAUGUGAAAUAGCCAAUAUUUUAUUUGUAGGACAUAAAGUUAUUGGAAUGUCUAAUGAUUGUUAUAAUUUUUUUUCUAAAUAUGCCAAAGAUUAUAAUGUUAAAUUAAUAAAAGAAUUAGCCGUAGAAGGAGCAUUUCAUACAAGAUUAAUGAGUGAAGCAGUACCUCAAAUAAAAUUAACUAUGAAAAAUGUAACUUUUCAAAAACCUUUUUGUAAUAUGUAUUCAAAUUUAACGGGGAAAGUUAUGUGUAGAAAAACAACUUAUAUCAGAGAAUCACUUGCAACCCAAGUAUGUAAUCCUGUUAAAUGGGAACAAAUUCAACAAUUAAUUUAUAAAAAUCAUAAAAUUGUUAAUGAAAAACAUUUGUUCCCUAUGUAUUUUGAAAUUGGUCCUGGUCAAACACUUGGUGCAUUAUGGGCUAAAAUAAGUAAGAAAGCAUAUAAAAAUUAUGUUCAUAUUUCUUGUUAA